AUGGUUCAAUUCUCCAACAUAGAAGGGAAUAAGGAGGAAACCGAGAAGGAAAACAGAGAAACGAAUGGCGGAAGUUCCAAACGCAAGUCCGAAAGUAAUGGGGAAGGCGGGGAAAUGAGUAAGAAGAAGAAGAAGAAGGCAAAGGCAAACGGUCAUGGGCAUAGUCACAGAAAACAUAGUAUCAGCACCAAACCUGCAAGAGAUCCAAGGGAUGAGGCCACAGAUACCCCGGAAGAGACUGCAAUUGAGGUUUCGAGAAGUCCAAGUCCAGUUAUUGAUUUCGAUGGUUUGAGUCGUCCAAGCAAAGGCGCACGAGAACGUCUCGACGAAUCUCCAGAACAAGCAGCAGUCCGAAUGUCUAAGUUAACAGGCGCAGUCCGCACAAUUCUCGAGUGCAUAGGCGAAGAUCCGGAUCGAGAAGGUCUUCUACGCACUCCAGAACGUUAUGCAAAAGCAAUGCUACACCUCACGAAAGGAUAUCAGGAAAAUGUCAAAGACAUUGUGAAUGAUGCAAUAUUCCAUGAGGAUCACAAUGAACUUGUAAUUGUCAAAGAUAUCGAAGUCUUCAGUAUGUGCGAGCAUCACAUGGUACCAUUUACUGGAAAGAUGCACAUUGGUUAUAUUCCAGAUCGAAAUGUCAUCGGUAUCUCGAAGUUGCCCCGAAUUGCGGAUAUGUUCUCACGAAGACUACAAAUACAGGAGAGACUCACAAAAGAUGUAGCGCAUGCGGUUAUGGAAAUCCUUAAACCGCAAGGUGUGGCAGUUGUUAUGGAAUCUAGCCAUUUAUGCAUGGUUAUGCGUGGAGUCGAGAAAACAAGUGCUACAACGAUUACGAGUUGCGUUCUGGGUUGCAUAGAAAAGAGGGAGAAGACUAGAAAUGAGUUUUUUAGUUUGGUGGGAUUGAAUAGAAGAUAG